AUGAGACAACCUGAAACACAGUAUCUUGACAUUGAUGCAAAGGCAUCCCGAAGGGUGGCAUACAUUAAUGUCACAAAGCAAGAGGCCCCACUUACAAUUGUGUAUUUGCCUGGAUUCUUUGGUCUUAAGACAGGAACCAAGAGUGAUGCUAUUCGAUUCUUCUGCAACCAGCAUGGAUAUAACUUCUUGAGGGUGACUCAAAAGUCCUUGGAUGCCUUUAAUCAAGUGCAGCAUUCCCUGAUGAAGACCAAUUCAAUUUCUGAUUUGACCACUGAAAAGAUCACCAAAAAAUGAACCAUCU